AGAAACAAAAGCCAAGGACCGUUUGUUAAAGUGUCACACCUGAACUACACGCUACAACGGGACGGUGAACCUAUAAAGCUGCGUGGCCAACAUCUUAUCACUUACACCAGAGAAGCCGAAGCAGCAUCAACAGCAAGAACCAGCCACACUAACUUGUUGAAACAGCUGAAUGAUGAGUGCUGAUCAGAGUGAAACAACCUUGGGGUCCAAACUGGAGGCCCUGCAGUGCCACUUUACCUGGAUUCUGGAAUACAGCAAGAACAAACUUUUACAUUUAAGGGACAAGCUGGUGGACAUCGGGACGGAGGAUGGAAACAGCUGGCUGGGUCACAUCUACAACCUGAGGGGCUUCAUUCAGUGCAAGCUGGGCUCCACUGAAGACGCCCUGAGUUUCUUCCUCCAGGCUGCAGAGGCCUUCGGCCAGAUGAGAAGGGCAGGUGAAGGUCCCUGGUUGGUGGUGAAUUACGGGAACCUGGCUUGGCUGCACCACCUCCUGGGAGACCAAGCAGAGAGCGAGGCUUACCUUUCAAAGGUUGAAGCAAUAAAAAAGAAAUACCCAACUCCAUCGGAGGACGAGCUCCAUGCAGAGCUCUACGCUGAAAAAGCCUGGACCCUGAUGAAUUUCGGCACAAAAGGAGAGCUGGUGUCAGAAUACUUCCAGAAAGCCAUCCAGAUGCAGCCAGACAUGGUGGAGUGGAACACCAGUCACGUACUGUGCAGCAACUCAUGGUUAGAAGAUGACAUCUUAGAGAAAAUAAGGCUCGCCCAGGAAAAGGAUCCGGAGAACUUGCGCCUUGCAGUUUACUACCUUGAGGAACGUGCUAGGAAAGGGGAAAUAAUUGAAGAUGAAGCACGCCAGUUGGCUAGAAAGGUUUUGAGAAACCCCGUCAGUAGCUACAGUGGUCUAAAAGGGUUACUAAGGAUUUAUAGAAACCAUCUAUCAAUUGAUGAGGCCGUUGAUCUGUCAGAGGAGGCUCUGCAACAUCAUCCAGAUGAGCGCUAUUUGAAGAGAUGUGCCGCACUCUACUAUAAAUGGUUGAUUUAUUCUAGCUACAGUCGACCAGAUCAGAGGACGCUGGACAGAGCCAUCAGUCUCCUUAAGGAGGUGAUUUUUCUAUACCCUCAUUGUUCACUUAUGAAGAAAGUAGACCUCGCGAAUAUACACGCAAAGUCCAAUCACAGCAAGGAUGAAGCUGAGCAAAUCUACCAGGAACUGCUAAAAAGUGAGAUGGAACCUCCAGAGAAACAGCUGCUUUACAACAACUACGCAAAAUAUUCAAAGUGCGAUCGAAGGGAGUACCAAAGGGCAAUAAGGUAUCACAUGAAGGUGGCGACCAUACCGCAUCAAUCCUCCUUCCGUAGGAACAGCAUUAAGAUUCUGGUGGAGGUUGUAGAGCGGCACAGGGACUCAAUGUGGAGAGAGGUAGAGGAGUUUCUGGAAAACCUGAAAGAGCCAUAGUGUUUUUAACACUAGUUCUAAAAAGGUUUUGUGAUGGUCGGUUGGUCCAAACGGCAGUAUCACCCAACCCAUAGGUGUAAUAUUGUUGGGGGUUUUUUUUGCUUGUCUAUGAAAAUUACGCUAUGCAUCGAGCAGUUACCCCAUCUUUAAAACUUUACACUACAGUCCAGUUAAUGGAAGAAAAUAUAAAAGAUCUAGCAAUUUGUAUGAAAGGCUGAACCAUAUAUGAAAGUUAAGAUGAAUUAUUUCUUUAUUGACAAAAUCAUUGGAGCAUAUCUAUUUAAUUAUAUUAUUUUCCAAAAGAU